AUGGAAAGUGAAAAGCAGCAUUUUCGGCAUAUUUUAUUUUUUUACUAUCGAAAAGGUAAAAAUGCUGUUCAAGUAAGAAAAAAAUUAUCCGAUGUGUAUGGAGAAGAUAUAUUGACAGAACGCCAAUGCCAAAACUGGUUUGCAAAAUUUCGACCCGGCAAUUUUGAUGUUGAAGAUGUACCACGUUCUGGAAGGCCAGUUGAAGCUGAUGAAGACACAAUAAAGGCAUUAAUUGAUGCAAACCGGCGAAUAACAACUCGUGAGAUCGCUGAGAGAUUAAAUUUAUCGAAUUCGACCGUUCAUGAUCAUUUGAAACGCCUAGGUUUAAUCUCAAAGCUCGACAUAUGGGUUCCUCAUGUUCAUACGGAAAGAAAUUUGUGCCGUCGCGUUGACGUUUGUGAUUUGGUUCUCAAACGUCAAGAAAAUAAUCCAUUUUUGGAGCGCAUCAUCACUGGAGACGAGAAAUGGGUUGUCUACAACAAUGUUAAACGCAAGAGAUCAUGGACUAAAAAAGAUGAACCGGCUCAAAGCACUUCGAAAGCCGAUAUUCAUAAAAAAAAAGUGAUGCUAUCUAUUUCGUGGGAUUUCAAAGGAAUCGUUUUUUUGAGCUUCUACCGGACAACAACGAUCAAUUCUGAAGUGUACUGUCAUCAGCUGGACAAAUUGAAUGAUUCACUUAAACAGAAAAGGUCAAAAUUGAUCAAAAGAAAAGGUAUAGUGUUCCACCAAGAUAAUGCGAGACCUCAUACAAGUUUGGUAACUCGCCAAAAGCUUUUACAGCUUGGAUGGUAUAUACUGCCACACCCACCAUAUUCUCCAGAUCUGGCACCUUCUGAUUAUUAUUUGUUCCGGUCUCUACAAAAUUUUUUAGACGGUAAAAAAACCUUUACUUCAAAUGAGGAGGUCAAAAAUCACCUGGAUCAGUUUUUUGCCAGCAAAGAACAAAAAUUUUAUGAACGUGGAAUCAUACUACUGCCAGAAAGAUGGCAAAAGGUAUUGGACCAGAAUGGACAAUAUAUAAUUUAA